ACUCAAUCAAAGAGCAUUCAAUUAUGAUCUGUCAAUUGUGAAAUGUCAUUGAAUGAUUAGAAAUACUUAUCAAUUUAUAAUUAUUAUCACGAUUCACAGAUUAAGAACAACGAAGUUACUACGUAAAUUUAUAUCUAAGUCGUAAGGUACAGUUAACCCCGAGCAUCGGAUGUGUCUUGAAUGAAUUUUUUCAACUAAAAAAUCUUUUUCUCGCUGCUUGGGGCACUCGAUUCAGAGAAUUCAUUGUCUUUGAGAACAAUAAUUAUUGGAUGAUGGUUUUGCGUUAACAGACAACAAUUGUUAUGUUGGAAUAUAAUAAUAAUAUAAAUAAAAAUAAAUAAAUAUAAAUAAAGAAAUAAGAAUCUAUUGUGCAUUCAAUAAGAAUUGAUGAAUUUGUAAUCACUCUUUUCAACAACAUAGUUCAAACAAUCAUGGCAGAAUCAACUAAAGAAAAUGGAAAACAAUUAGAUAUAAAUGAUAGCAAUUUUAAUUCGGAAAUGUAUUUAGAGUGCUUAAUGAAAUGUGCCACUCUGCGGCAAAUUAUGGAUAAAGAAGCGGAGAUAAUAAAUCAGAGCCAGUUUUUGCAGUCUGAAAUGCAGACAUUAGUUUAUGAGAACUACAACAAAUUUAUAUCAGCCACAGAAACUGUGCGUAAGAUGCGCACAGAUUUUCAAAUCAUGCAAGAAGAAAUGAAUAAAUUAAGUGAAAACAUAAACAAGAUAACAAGUUUUAGUGCUAAAAUUUCAGAAUCCCUUAGCGACAGUGGAAAUAAUGUGAAUAGGCUAUGUAAUACACGGCAACUGUUAGAUAAAUUACAGUUCUUGUUUUUGCUGCCAACACAGUUACAUAAAGCAAUACAGGAGGGUAGAUUUGCAGAUGCCGUCCAUGAUUAUACACAUGCACAGAAAGUGUUACAGAAGUAUGGUGAUCAACCAUCCUUUCAAAGUAUUCAAACAGAAUGUUCAGAUAUUAUUUAUGACUUAAAGAAAAGCUUGAGGGAGAGAUUGCUUACUCCUGAUACAUCUGCCUCUGAAUUGGCAGAAAGUGUUGGCCUUUUACGGCAGCUUCAAGAAUCAGAUUCCUCUUUGAAAGAUAUUUUCUUGAAUUGUGCUGAAAGUAGAUUGGAACAACAUUUAAAAGUACUUGCUUCCAUGGUUGAAAUAACAGAUAUCUUAGAAUGGGUUGAAAAGUGUAAUAACACAUUGCUAGCUGAUCUGGGUAUAGUGAUAUCUUGUUAUCAUGAAAUGUUUGAAACUGAUAAUGAUUGCUUGCCAGAAUUUGCUGACAAAGUAAUGACCCAAGUAUUUUGCCUCUUUGAAGAUGUUAUAAGGAGACCAGAGAAUAUUGGAACUGAAAUUCUAAUAAGAGGGCUUGAUAAGUUCUUUAGAAAAUUGCAAGCAAUGUCUGAAAUAAUAUCAAGUGAUGGGGUAUCUAAUAAAGCAUUAGAAGUUGUUGUGCAAUGUAUAAACCAUAAAGCCACAAUGCAAUAUCAAACAAUUCAUAUACAAUUUAAAGAAAAUUUAAUGAGAGUACGGCAAUCUUUAGCAAGCAAAGGUACAGAAAACGUUGAUCUCAAAGAUAUACUUAAUUCCUUACAGGUAUAUCUUUUGCAGAAAGUGCAGGCAUCACUCUUAGAUUUGAUGGCAUUUUUACAGAACAAUUUAUCUUUUGGCUUGAAACCAUGGUGUGCUAAGGCAGUUGCAGAUAACUGUUGGAAUGUUAUAUCAGAAACCCUCAUAAAUCUUUCAGAUAUGGUAAAGAAAAUGUCUUGCUUGCAGUCAUCAAACAACAUACCUUUUGAACUUUUCCUAAUUCUAGCCAAAUUAUGUUUGGAAAUGCAAGAAAGUGGUGUAACAAUUUUACAAAACCAUUUAGUUAAAUUAUUAGAAGAAGCUGCACCAGGUUUAAGUGUAGACAAAAAGGAGACAAAUAAUGUCAUGGUUAAUUUGUCCACUGCAGCUCAAUCUGCUUUAGACUCUGAAGUAGUAUACAUUGGUCAGACUGCAGCGCAAAUGUUACGAGUGUCCGUCUUGGCUCGGGAUUGGUUAAGAGCACCAGAACCACGUGGGCCCAGAGCAGUAUGCCGGCGAGUUGUUGAAACUCUAGCUAGUGCGGACAGUGCCGCAUCUCAAUUAUUCCCUUCUAGCAUUAAACCAUCAAGCGAUUCCAGCCGGCGUACUAUAUGGUCGCGUGCACCCUCUUCAUUCUCUCCAAUUAACCGGUUAUUUUCUGAAAGAAUCGAAGUUUUCAGUCCAGCUGGUGCGGACAGAGCCGCUCUAUCCAAUGGUGCAUUGAAAGUAGCUCUCAAGGCAUUAGUGGAAUGCGUACGAUUACGCACAUUUAGUAGACAUGGAUUGCAACAACUGCAAGUGGAUGUUCAUUUCCUACAACAAAGAUUAUCCUGUAUGGGUAAUGAUGAAAGGUUACUGAAUGCUCUGUUGGAAGAUGCGUUGUCGUCCGCUCAGCUGCGAUGCGUAGAUCCACAAUUAAUGGAACCUAGCAUUGUAGAUAUUAUUUGCGAGCGCGGAUAGGUUUUAUGUAGAUUACAGAAUACAUACUUCCAUAAUGGAUGAAUGAUUUAUAUUGAUACAGAAACUGGUGCCAGUAUCGCUGGAUUCCGGCGCUGGAUCAGUGAUUCACUUUUUCAAUUCACACGAUUCUGGCACCCAGUAUCCAGCACUGAAUCGCAAUUGAUCGGCAACCUAUUUUGCGACUCUUAUAAAUUGUCGGUUCUGAUUCUGUGACGUGCAUA